GACGUCGCAGUUCUCAUACGUGCCGGACUGAACGUGAUAGAACAGUACAAGGUGGCAGAGAGAGCGCCCAGGAUAGCAUACAGACCGUUCUGAGAUCCGCGAGCAGAGCAUCCCUAAGAUCCAAAGUUAGAGGACCAUGGGAGGUGUGGUGGUGGACGAGGGACCUGGGGGGGUGAAGGCACCAGACGGGGGUUGGGGCUGGGCUGUGCUGUCCGGCUGUUUCGUCAUCACUGGGUUCUCCUACGCCUUCCCCAAGGCUGUCAGCGUGUUCUUCAAGGAACUGAUCAGAGAGUUCGACGUGGGGUACAGCGACACAGCAUGGAUCUCAUCUAUUCUGCUGGCUAUGCUGUACGGCACAGGUCCUCUGUGCAGUGUGUUGGUGAAUCGUUACGGGUGUCGUCCGGUGAUGAUGGUGGGGGGACUUUUUGCCUCUCUGGGGAUGAUUCUGUCUUCCUUCUCCACCAGCAUCAUCCACAUCUACCUCUCCACUGGAGUCAUUACAGGUCUGGGCCUGGCGUUGAACUUUCAGCCGUCUCUGAUCAUGCUGAAUCGCUACUUCAGUGAGAAGAGGCCCCUGGCUAACGGCCUGGCUGCUGCUGGGAGUCCUGUGGCCCUCUGCUGCUUAUCACCUCUGGGACAGCUGUUGCAGUACCAGUACGGUUGGAGAGGAGGCUUCCUCAUCCUCGGAGGGCUCCUGCUCAACUGCUGCGCCUGCGCGGCCCUCAUGAGGCCCCUAGUGGCCCCUCCUAAACCCCCCCAGCGGGAAGACGUUGAGAAGGAGGGAAAAGAGUUGGAGGUAGAGAAGACCCAGUCCAGACCCAAACCUCUCCUGGACUUCAGUGUGUUUAAGGACAGGGGUUUCCUGAUCUACACCAUAGCUGCAUCUAUUAUGGUUCUGGGUCUGUUUGUGCCGCCGGUGUUCGUGGUGAGCUAUGCCAAAGAGCUGGGCAACGAAGACACCAAGUCGGCCCUCCUCCUAUCCAUCCUCGGCUUCAUAGACAUCUUCGCCCGGCCCACCUGUGGCAUCAUCGCUGGGCUGAAGUGGGUCAGGCCCAGAGUUGUUUACCUGUUCAGCUUUGCCAUGAUCUUUAAUGGAUGCACUGACCUGGUGGGAUCUCAGGCGAAGGACUACCCGUCUCUGGUGGUGUUCUGUGUGUUCUUCGGGAUCUCCUACGGCAUGGUCGGGGCGCUACAGUUUGAGGUUCUCAUGGCGAUCGUUGGCACGGAGAAAUUCUCCAGCGCUAUAGGACUGGUGUUGCUCAUGGAAGCUAUUGCUGUGCUGGUGGGACCACCUGGAGCAGGUCGGCUGCUGGACGCCACUAAGAACUACAUGUACGUGUUCCUGCUGGCAGGAAUUGAGGUGGUCCUCGCCGCCGUGGUCCUGGCCACGUGUAACUUCCUGUUCAUCAGGAAGAAGCCCUCGGAACCCGCUGCGGAACUGGAGAACGGAACGGUUUCCGCGGAAAUGGAGCUUCUCAACAAGCCUGUUGCCGCUGAGGAAGAGGAGGAGGAGGAAGUAGAGAAGGGGGAACAAGAGGUGAAGGAGAUGAAGGAGAAAGAGGAGAAGAAGAAAGAGGAGGUGAAGGAGAUGAAGGAGAAAGAGGAGAAGGAGAAAGAGGAGGUGAAGGAGAAAGAGGAGGUGAAGGCGAUGAAGGAGAAAGAGGAGGUGAAGGAGAUGGAGGAGGAAGCGGUUGAGAAAGCAAAGGAGGACGAGGAAGACAGUGAGAAAAAGAAGGAGGAGAUCAGGCCUGAGAGCGUAAUGGUGGUCUCAGAAGAAGUGGAGAGCUUCCUUAAAGAACCAGAAUAACAAAAUGGAAGAGAACCUGGCACAGAACAAACUACAGACUUUUAACUUAAACACUGCCAAGGGCACUUUAAAGGGCACUAAGAAUUGUACUCCGCAGUGUACUUUGAAGGGCACUAAAAAGUGUACUUAGAAGUGGACCAAGAAAGUGCUUAGAGAAGCAUACUGGGGAAGACACAGCUGGUCCUAGCAGUAUCCUCCUGUAUGUAGUUGAGGUGUUGUUGUGUUGUUAUGUUGUGUAGCUGUUCUCUGUGGGGCUGUGUGCCAUAUCAACAACAAUAACACACACAGGCGCACACACACACACACACACACACACACACACACACACACAAACACACACACACACACACACACACACACACACACACACACACACACACACACACACACACACACACAAUCGUGAAGUGAAACUGAUAAAUGUCAAGUGAAUAGCUGUGUUAAUAGUGUUGUGCCCUGCCGUGUGAAUUGUGCAGCUACCAGUGUGUAGUGCUGCAGGGCGAUAUGGUAGACACCAUGUUGUUGUCUGUAAUAAUGUGGAAUAAAUACCGUCACUUCCUACCACUGUUACUCUGGAGCACAACAUUACAAGUGUUCCGGAACUUUAACCAAACCCAGCGUGGAACAUUCCGCUGUCAGUCAACAUUCCGUUGAGUGGCAGAAUGAGGAAUGAAUGGACAGAUAUCUGGCUACUGUCAUGCAUAUCAUUUCACUCGGAGCUUUGGCACAGACGUUUAAAGGUAUAGUGAUGUUGAACGGUUGAAUUUCACUCUGUAACCUUGUAGUGAUUGUAGACUUUAUUAGACUAGGACACAGAGAGAGAGAGAUGCCAAUGAGAACACCAGACUAGUAUCCCUGGUUACCUCCCUCAUGGCACCCAGAGAGAGAGAUGCCAAUGAGAACACCAGACUAGUAUCCCUGGUUACCUCCCUCAUGGCACCCAGAGAGAGAGAUGCCAAUGAGAACACCAGACUAGUAUCCCUGGUUACCUCCCUCAUGGCACCCAGAGAGAGAGAUGCCAAUGAGAACACCAGACUAGUAUCCCUGGUUACCUCCCUAAUGGCACCCAGACAGAGGUACCCUGUUUCUGUUUGUUUCAGUGUCAUAACAUUAACUACGAUGGCAGAAAUAGGUCACACAGUUUCUAGACUUCACAGUUUAAUCUGUAGAUGCAGUGUGAGUCCCAAAUGGAACUCUACUCCCUAUAUAGUGCACUACUUUUU